CAGCAAUUGGCUACAAUUUAAACUGGGAUCUGAACUAUCCCAUUCUUUUAUGAGCUUGAUCUCUCCACUGAACACUAGGUGGCAGCGGCGCCCCACUGAUGACUGGCUACUGUCAGAAAACACCAAAGAAGGAAGUGGAGGAGGAAAAGAAACAGUUGGCUUUCUGUUAACAAACAAGGUUACACAUCUAUCUUAACGGUGACGUAUUACAUCAUGUGAACUGUGAGGAACCCUUUUCAACUUGAUAUGAGCAUCUGGAGGAGCAGCAGAUCAUGGAUUUAGGAACAAUUUGCGUCUUUUGAAACUGACAACCUUAAAGGACAUGGAGAGGGAAGUGGCUGAGAAAGAGAUGGAUGAUGAGGAGGUAUGUGUAGGUGAUUUUGUCUCAGAGGCCAGUUUUAGUGAGCAGCAAACUGGAGGGACUGGUGAGUACACGCAGGAGCAUAAUUUUGUCCAUCUCAAAUCUCAGGAAAUACCAGUUAUUGACUCUGGAGUUGGUGAUGCAGAGUCAUGUGAAUCCACAGAGACUAAAGAGAAUACAGAAGAGGUUUCAGUGGGGUUUGAACAUGACUUGGAUUAUGAGAACCCACAGGUUAUAAAUCAAGAACAGGAUGAAGCUGCAAAGGAGCAACAAAUGAAUGGAGAGUCCGGCUGCAGGGCAUUGGGAGGUGGACGGAGGUGCAAGUUGAGGAGCGACAGUUCUCUGUUUGAGCAGAGCGGUCAAAGUGCUUUUUCCUCCUUUCAGAAAGGCAGCAUCCCAUCAAGUGGAAGUCGGCACAAGCCGACUCGCAGGCGCAACCAUCACCACCAUCAGCAGAGCCGGGGUCGCAGGAGGUCAGGAAGACAACUUUUCUUGGCUUUCAGAGAGAUGCUGUCUGAGUCUCUGAGUGUCUGGUGCAUCUCGUGCGUCCACAUGCUGAUUGAGAUUAUUGUGACAUUAACUCACAACUGUGGAGUCUGUGUGGAAACCGGAGUCUUGAAACUUUACAACUUUGGGAUGCAACUUCUUGUUAAGAUCACUGAUCUACCUGGAAUGAAGGCAGACAUUAGUCGGAUUUUGAAAUGGAUGAAAUGCGCAGGAGCCGACCUUGGGGAUAAAACCAUGAGGACUCUGAAGUGGUUAAAGACAGCUGUCUCAUCUUGUUUCAGACUUUUCUGUGCUGUAGUUAUUUUCAGCUUCCAGUGGGUAAAGGGAAUGUUGCUGCGUGUUGGUGGUGAGAGGGGUAAACGCUGUUGGACAGCUUUUCUGGAAUCACGAGUCUGGAAGAGGAUUGUGUCUGUGCUGGAGAGAGUUCGGAGCUGGUUUAGGAAGUAUCGCAAUACACCCUCAUCACCUGAGUCACCAGGCAGAGCAGGAAGAGGUGAGCCAAGUCAGGAGCUAGAACGACUGCUGGCGUUGGCCGAGGUGCCAGAGGGGGAGCUUGACCCCUUCAUGGUGCUUGGCGUGGAGGUACAUGCUACAGAGACUGAGCUGAAGAAGGCCUACAGACAGCUGGCUGUCCAGGUCCAUCCAGACAAGAACAAGCAUCCACGAGCUGGAGAGGCGUUUAAAGUUCUGAGGGCAGCCUGGGAUAUUGUCAGCAACCCUGAGACACGUCGAGAGUAUGAGCUGAAGCGAAUGGCAGCAACUGAGCUCUCAAAGUCCAUGAACGAGUUUCUUACUAAGCUACAGGAUGACCUGAAGGAAGCUAUGAACACCAUGAUGUGCACAAAGUGUGAAGGCAAGCACAAGCGGUUCGAGAUGGAUCGAGAUCCCGCUGAAGCCCGCUUUUGUUCUGAAUGCAACCGUUGCCAUAGUGCUGAGGAGGGAGACCUGUGGGCCGAGUCCAGCAUGUUGGGCUUACGCAUCACGUUCUUUGCUUGUAUGGAAGGAAAGGUGUAUGAUAUUACAGAGUGGGCCGGUUGCCAAAGAAUAAGCAUUUCCCCCGAUACACAUCGCGUACCGUACCACAUCUCCUUUGGGUCGAAGAAUAACAGCAACGCCGCACGACACAGGAGCCCCUCAGAGCAUACCACAGGUCCGUCACACCCGGCUGAUUUGCAGGACUUCUUCAACAGAAUGUUUAAGGGUGGACCGCCAAAUGAAAUGGCUGCCAAUGGUGGAGGCUUUUUUCCCUCAGGUCCACCCCACCAUAACCCACCCGGUGCUGGAGCAACUCCUUUCUCCCCUCCCUCGGGUCAGACAGGUUUCUACAUGCCGGGGGGCCAUCGGCCAGAGUCCAGCGAGACGUGGCCUGAUGGGGGCAAACCCCCCAGGAGGAGAAAGAAGGUCCGAAAACCCUUCCAGAGGUGAAGUCUGUUUACUUGUGUGUCAAAACAGGGAAAUGAUAAAAAAACAAUGGCCAUGUUUGUCUCUCGCCUGCCUGUUGGCAUGCCAAGAUCUGAAACGGUUAGUGGUUGAGUAUAAAGCUGCAGUCAGAUCAGCCAAGCCGAAAGUUACUGGAUUACAAAGAGAAACCAGUUGACCAGUGGAUCUUAGUGAUGAAGGCCGAGGAAGUGGCAGUGACGGUGCUCUAUCUGCCAUUUCAUCUUAUCGUUGUUGGUUUUAAUCUUGACUGUAGCCUUGAAAACCGAAAUCCCUCUUAUGCCGUAAUGAAGCAUUUUCUUUUUGAGAAUUUCCUGCCAAAUCCAUUAUUGCAUGAUUUAUUCACCUUUUUUUUUUCUUCUGUUUUGUAUCGGGUUAAUUUUUCACUUGGAAAGUGGAGAGAGAGAGAGAAACGGUUGAGGAGAGGGCUACAGUCAUCAAGAUUUGCGGAUCAUUAUAACUGGGAAAUGAAGACGAGGGUUUGUGCAGCUUCAGUGUGUCAGUGUUACUGGUAUUAUUGCUGUGAGUUCAUUGUUUUCUGCUUCUGGAGCAAAGCCUUGUCCUUCAUAUUCUUAGAAGUAACCCAAACCAAAUGAUGGAACAAAUCUGAACCACGCUAACGGGACACUGAAUACAGAAUGGUUUUUUACAUUCAGCAGAACGGUUUAUCUGGAAAUGUUUUACAAUUCCUGUUCUCACAUUCAUGGCUUUGUUCUUGACUUUAUGUGGCUCAGGUUGUUCUAACAGUGCCUUGCAAGAUUAUUUAUACCCCUUCAACCUUGUUGAGUUUUGUUUCAUUGCGCCCACAAACUCCUAUGUAUUUUCCUUGGAUUUUAUGUAAUCGACCAACACAAAUUGGUGCAUAAAUAUGCACCGAGAUGAAAAAUGUACAUGGUUUUCAAAUUUCUUCUUUUUACAAAUAAACUAAAAAGUAUGCUAAACGGUUUCUAUUAACUCCUCAGUGAAUACGUUGUAGAAAAACACCUUUUGCUUCAGUUUCAACUUCAGGGAUUUUUGGGGAAUGUCUCAAGCAGCUUUGAACACAAGGGCUGAAAUUUUUGCUAAUCUUUCUUUGCAAAAAUAAACUCAAGCUUAGGGAGAUUGGAUGGAGGGUGUUUUCCCAAGUCAUUUCAAUUGGGUUUAGGCCUGGAGUUUGACGGGCCCUUCUGACACAUGAAUAUGCUUUGAUUGAAAUGCCACGGCUCCUGUGUCUGUAUGUUUAGGGUUCUCCUGCUAGAAGCUCGUUUGCAACUUCUAACAGGUUUUUCUUCCAGGAUUAUCCUGUAUCAGCUCCAUACAUCUUGCAGUCAACUUUAAUCAACUUUCCUGCCUCAAGUGAAGAAGAGCAUCCCCACAGCACGAUGUACACGAUGAUCGACCAGGUUUCACAGUAGGAAUACUUGGUUCAAGGCUGAAAAGUUCAGUUUUGUUUCAUCCGACCAGAGCUCCUUCUUCCCACAUGUCUCCUUUUUCCUCAAAUUGCUUGUGGCAAACUGCAAAUAGGACCUCUAUAGCUUUUUUAUUGCCACUCUUCCAUAAAGGCCAGAUUUGUGGAGUGGGCCUCCUGGCUUCUUCUCUGAUUACUGCUCUCCUUGCACGGCCUUUGAGUUUAGAUAGGCGCCCAUGUCUUGGUAGGGCCAUAGUCAUUUUUGAGUUCUGGUUUUAACAGCCCCCUGUAAAAUAUCCAAAGCUUGGAAUAUUGUUUUAUCAACCAGCCCUGCUUUAAACAUCUUUGCACCUUUUUCCUGGACCUGUCUACUGUGGUCCUUGGUCCUCAUGAUACGGUUUGUUGGAAGAUGUUCUCUGACAAAUCUUUGAGCCCUUCACAGCACAGCUGGGUUUAUACUGACCUUAAAUGAUUCACACGUGAACUCAGUUUAAUGAUUGGGUGACUUCUGAAGGCCAUGGUUGAUUAGAGUUACCAGCAUGAUGGGGGCUGAAUACAAGUGCACAGCACGCUUUUUGAUUUUUAUGUGUGAAAAAGAAAACAAGGGGAUGUGAAUACUUUUGGAAGGCACUGUACAAUGGUUUAAUUUACAUGCGGCCUUAGUGAGUAGUAAAAUGUUUUUUUGUUAAAGCUACAGAUCUCUCAAAAAGAAUAGGAAAUCUUUACUAUUUGCAUUUAUUUAAUUAAAAACCUGCUUUAGUUCUGAUAUUCUCUUUUAAAGAAACAUUUUGAAGCUGCUCGUUAUUCGCUUGCAUCAUGGGGCUACAUACUAUAAUAACAGACCGAUUUUCUGUCUGAAUCCUGAAAAAAAAAUGUUUUUCAGGAUGAUUUCCAUAUAAUUUAAUAAACCGCAGCUUCUUCCGGUGGAAACGAUUAGACUGGAAUCAGAAAGUACACAGAUUUAAACAGAGGUACUUUUCUGAUGCAGAAUGCAGCAAAAAUAUGCGUAUGCUGCAGCAUUGCCCAUUUGCUCUCGUUUAUAUUUUUACGUAGCGGCUAAAAUAAUUCAUGUUCCAGUUAUCUGAAUUCUGUCUCUGUUUUCCUCCUGAGCAGAAGUUGUUGCACGUCUUUAGCAUGUUUUAUUCCAGGAUCAUUACUGUUAAACAUUUAAUUAUUCUUUCCAGCCGCUGAUGUCCCAGUCCAUGUCAUGUUCUGCAGACUCUCAUUUGAUUACGGUUAUUGUGGUUCAGAUACAGACUCACAGGAAGUCUACCCAGUGCACACCUGUCGUAAAAUCAUAAACAAGGCGGUUGAGUUCACACGGGCCUUACCUAGAAAUGAAUUGAUUAUUAUUUCAUUAAAACCUUUUUUGUAGCCUUGUAAAAGCAACCUACUGCUUUGUUUACACCUGACUUGAAGAUUGUGGGCAGUUAUUGAAAAAGCAACUGUGUGUAAGGCUAUAUUGUAUAUUCAUAAGAAGUUUUCUAUUGUGUUAAUUUUCUCCUUUCUUGGAUGUGUCUUUUUGCACGCCCAGCGUUGAAUAAAAAGGUGGUUUUGAUUCAGUGAUUUUGAAGCUAAGCCGCUUGCUGCAGGUGCGUGGGAGGUAUUACUCACCAAAAUGACAGCUCAUUUACAGAUUUUAUUUUUGCACAGCCAUCGCGCUUUGGAGAAGAUAGGUUGUGUUAUUGUGUUGCACAGAGUGAACACCUAAAAGGAGCUCUUGUUGCAGAUGCUUGUUUGCGCAGGAAAUCUUUGCUUAUCUUCACCUGCUAAAAGGAUUUUGGCUGGCUUUCCACACACAAAGGAAUCUGAGAUAUAAUAUAGGCUCCUUAUUAUAAUAAACCAAGAUGUAAAAUCUAAAGCUGGCUAUCUUAUGAAGGCAAACGUUUUCUAAUUAGAUGAAGUGAAUUCGAUCAUUAACACAUCAGCCCCUGACCUUCAGGUCCCACAGAUGUUGAGCCGGACGGUUUAAUUGUCCGCUUGAGGAACUGCACAGCCCCCAUCCAUGAUUGCGUUUAACUGCCUUGCUUUUUUCCUUUUCAACUCUGUGAUUUGAGAAUAUGAAGUGCUGUACGUUUUAAGGUAGCAGUUCAGAGCCCAAGACGCUUCAGUGUUCUGUUUCCUUUUUACAUUUUAAAAGCCGAUUAUGCAGAAAUAUUUCAAAAAUAUUUGACAAUCAUCAGGUUUUUUUGUAUGAAGUUAAAAGCUGAGUUCCCAGUUGGUGAACGGUUUUAAAGUAAUCUUGGGUUUCUUUCCCCUGCUUUCUUUGGUUUUCAAAAUAAAGAUGAUUUCCGAGAUGUA